AUGAAUCGACCAAAUGUUCAUCUUCUUGAUCUACCAAAUGAGAUGUUAUUUAAUAUUUUGAAGAAACUUGACAAUGUUGAUGUUCUUCAUUCAUUAUUUGGUAUUAAUAACGAACGGCUUGAUAGUAUAUCACGAGAAGAAAUUUUUUCUUAUACCCUCAAUUUUACAUCAAGUGUUCAUGACACUACAAUAAUUGAUUCAAUGCUUGGCCGAUUUUGUAAUUAUAUAUUACCUCGAAUUCAUUACAAUGUGAAAUGCUUGAUUGUUGAACCCGCGUCUAUGGAACGUAUUCUUCUUGCUACUCCCUAUCCAAAUUUGACAGAAUUAAAAAUUUUUAAUUUUCAACGUGACAGUUCAUUACAUUAUUUCACAGAUGAUUCAUCUCUUCGGCAUAUCUUCAAACAACAGAUUACAAAACUUGAUCUUAUCACUAAAGAUUGUGAACAUGCAGUAGGAUCAUUGAAAGAUUAUACGAAAAGAGUGUAUGCACAUAUUUUGACCUAUUUGGAAAAUCUAGAGUAUAUGAAUGUUGUUGAAACAUCAAAUCUUGUAUAUCCAUGGUUGUCAAUUCGUUAUUUACCAUCAAAUACUUUUUCUUCUUUAACUCUUACAUAUUUAUGUAUUAAUGUGAACACUUUCAGUGACUGUCUUUGUUUACUUGAUGGUCGCCUCAAACAAUUGACUACAUUUAUUGUUAAAUUUUCUUAUAUCGAUAGAAAUUCAUCAACGAUUCACAACUUGAAUGAUCUACCUAAUCUGAAGUGUUUUUCAUUAAUAUGUUGUUGUUUAAUUAAAGAAUAUGAUAAUAAAAUUGUAUCUCUUCUUCGUCGUAUGUUAUAUCUGGAAAAAUUAACUUUAUAUUUGCGUAUCGCUAAUCAAGGUAUAUUUAUUGAUCCAAUUAACCUUAUAAAUGAAUUUUCAAUGUGUAUCCCACGACUUUAUUCAUUCAAAUUUUAUCUUAGUGCUGAGAAUAAUAGAAAUGAUUUUGUUCGUUAUAUGUCCAAUAAUAAUAUUAAACAAAAUUAUGUCAAUAUAGGAUAUGAAGAAGUAUCGAAUAUUAUUUGUGCUGUUGAUCCAACUAUAUAUCAUAUAUUUACAUUACCGUUCGAAUUUGCCAUGCUUUUGUUUAUUGGUAAUAUAUUUCCAAAUAUUGUAUUUAAUUAUGUUAUCGAAUUACAUGGUAAUAUACAUAAUUAUCCAUCUUCUAUUGGUUCUACUAAAUUAAAAUAA